AAACCCUAGCGCCUCUCUCUCACACUCGCAUUUCCCCUACCCUAUUUCUUCAGCCGCUUCACAGAGAAGAGAGAAAGACAGAGAUGGUGUCGGGAUCAGGGAUCUGCGCGAAGCGCGUGGUUGUGGAUGCGCGUCACCACAUGCUGGGUCGCUUGUCGUCGAUCAUUGCGAAGGAGCUGCUGAACGGGCAGAAGGUGGUAGUGGUGCGGUGCGAGGAGAUCGCCAUCUCCGGCGGGUUGGUCCGCCAGAAGAUGAAGUACAUGAGGUUCCUCCGCAAGCGCAUGAACACCAAGCCCUCCCAUGGCCCCAUCCACUUCCGCGCCCCUUCGAAGAUCCUCUGGCGCACCAUUCGUGGAAUGAUUCCGCACAAGACCAAGCGUGGAGCUGCAGCACUUGCACGAUUGAAGGCUUAUGAGGGGGUUCCACCUCCCUACGAUAAGAUUAAGCGCAUGGUCAUUCCUGAUGCUCUCAAGGUUUUGAGGCUUCAAGCUGGACACAAGUACUGCUUGUUGGGCAAGCUUUCAUCAGAGGUCGGGUGGAACCACUAUGAAACUAUCAAGGAGCUUGAGAGGAAAAGAAAGGAGAGGGCUCAGGUUGCUUACGAGAGAAAGAAGCAAUUGACAAAACUGAGGGUGAAAGCUGAGAAGGCUGCUGAGGAGAAGCUUGGCCCACAGCUAGAGAUUAUUGCGCCCAUCAAAUAUUGAUCCCUAGAGACGAGUUUUUUUUUUAAAUGAAGUUGAGAGUCGAGUUUAUUUUAAAUUACUUUUUCAUCAGACGUUCAAGUAGAUUUCAUGUGAUACAUUGGCAUGGAAAUUGGGCUAUCGAAAUUAGCUAUGUUUUUGUGUUAUCAA